UGGGAGCACGUUGGGCUGUAAUUAAGACAUCUUGGAGGCGUACUUAACUCAUGACGUGUUGCUUUUCUUUUCCUCUCGGUGAGAAAGUGGCUCUCCCUUCCCUGGAUCAGGUCCUCUGCCACCCAGAGCCACAAAGAGACACUCGGGACAUAGACACACGCACACACACACACUCUGACUUCAGGUGAGCACCAAAAACUUCCUCCUGCGCCUCGCUGCCCUCCGUUCCCAGCUGCUGGAGAGUCCUGAGAGCAUCUCAACUCGCAGGGAGCUCUGCUCAAGUGAAGAAGAUUCUUUCGUCUGUAAAGAUGAAGACUCUGCUUUUUCUGGUGCUGAUCUCUGCCUGUGGGGCUGAACCUCUCCCUGGCAACUCAAGUCUGGAGCAUGAAAGAAUUGUUCACAUUCAAGAGGAAAAUGGGCCCCGUCUCCUGGUGGUGGCAGAGCAAGCCAAGAUCUUCUCCCACCGUGGUGGCAACGUGACACUGCCAUGCAAAUUCUACCACGAGCACUCCUCCGCCGCCGGCUCAGGAACACACAAAAUCCGCGUCAAGUGGACCAAACUCACCUACGAUUACCUCAAGGAGCUGGACGUGUUCGUGGCCAUGGGGCACCACAGGAAGAGCUACGGGAGCUACCAGGGCAGGGUGUCCCUGCGGGAGAGCAGCGAGAACGACGCCUCGCUCGUCAUCACCAACAUCAGGCUGGAGGACUACGGCAGGUACAAGUGCGAGGUGAUCGAGGGGCUGGAGGAUGACACGGCAGUGGUGACCCUCAAUUUGGAAGGUGUGGUGUUCCCCUACUCCCCGCGGCUGGGGCGGUACAACCUGAACUUCCACGAGGCGCAGCGGGCGUGCGCAGAGCAGGACUCGGUGAUGGCCUCCUUUGACCAGCUCUACGACGCCUGGAGGUCGGGGCUGGACUGGUGCAACGCCGGCUGGCUCAGCGAUGGCUCCGUGCAGUACCCCAUCACCAAGCCCAGGGAGCCCUGUGGGGGCAGGAACACCGUGCCCGGGGUCAGGAAUUACGGGUUCUGGGAUAAGGAGAAGAGCCGCUACGACGUCUUCUGCUUCACGUCCAACUUCAACGGUCGCUUCUACUACCUGAUCCACCCCACCAAGCUGACCUACGACGAGGCCGUGCAGGCCUGCCUGAAGGACGGCUCCCAGAUCGCCAAGGUGGGGCAGAUCUUCGCGGCCUGGAAGCUGCUGGGCUACGACCGCUGCGACGCGGGCUGGCUGGCGGACGGCAGCGUGCGCUACCCCAUCUCGCGGCCGCGGAAGCGCUGCAGCCCCAGCGAGGCCGCCGUGCGCUUCGUCGGCUUCCCCGACAAGAAGCACAAGCUCUACGGGGUCUAUUGCUUCAGGGCCUACAACUGA